UCACUCCUACUACACCGUCCUCAGAGAUCAAAGCAAAACCAAAAGGGAAGAGCGAAAAGAGGGCAGUUCCCAGCUCCCCACUGGGAGGAGGUGUAAGGGGCCGGUCCCCGAGCUUUCUGUCUUCCCAGGGGUCCUGAGAAAGGAGGUGCUUGGCGACCUCUGUGAGCCAAAGGAAGCUACAGGGAGCAGAGCCAGCCAGCCCCGGCGCUGGUGCUUUUCCGUGGGACUAGGAACGGGGUCUUUGCCAAGGCUCUUCCCACCUCGCAAGGGGCCCUAUUCCCGCCCCCCGCCCCCCUCCCCCCCAGUGUCUCUGUCUCCACCAGUGGCAGUGACUAAGGUGGGGGUCAUGGUCCGGGGUGGGCUGUGGAAACGAGUUCCGGACUUCUGAGAGGGGCAGCCAAACACCGCUCCCCACCUUCCCCAAUUCCAUCCCCUCCCCCAGGCUGCAGGGGAGGCUCGCAGUCCACCCCUGGGGACCAGCACACCCCACUCGCAGCCAUGUCCACAGCCGCGGUCGCCACACUUCCCACCCUGCUGCUCCUGCUGGGCCUCGCUGCUGCUGAUUGUCCUUCUUCUACCUGGGUUCAAUUCCAAAGCAACUGUUAUAUUUUUCUUCAAACAACAGUCAAAAUAGAAAGCAUUGAGGAUGUAAGAAAUCAAUGUACAGACUAUGCUUCAGGAGCUGAUAUGAUUAGCAUACACAAUGAAGAAGAAAAUGCAUUUAUACUGGAGACUUUUAAAAAACGAUGGAAGGGCCGGGAUGAUAUUUUAUUAGGCAUGUUUUAUGACACAGAUGAUGAAAGCUUCAAAUGGUAUGACAAGUCUAACAUGACAUUUAACAAGUGGAAAAACUCAGAAGAAAGUCAAGACCUAAUAGACACAUGUGCUUUUUUGCAAACCGAGUCAGGUAUAUGGAAAAAAGGAAAUUGUGAAGUUUCUACUGUGGAGGGUGCCUUAUGUAAAGCCGCUGUUUCUUAUGAAAAGAAAUACUUACCAGAUAACCAUAUUUUAAUCACAGCAUUGGUGAUUGCCAGCACUACUGUCCUGACAAUUACAGCAGUAGUGGUUUGGUUCCUCUACAAAAGAAAUCUAACUUCUGGCCUUACAAAUACAGCCUACACAACAGCACCUCAACUUUCUUAUAAUGACGACUGUAUUCUAGUAGAUGCAGAAGAAAAUGAAUAUGUUGCUUAGUUUCAAUAAGUAUUAAUAGUUUCAGAUAUAGAUAUCAAAAGCAGUAUUUUGAACAGUAAGUUCAAAAGUUUUUUUAAUUACAAAAUCAUUUUUCUACUUAUGUAGGAACUAAAAAUUUUAUUUCUGCAUAAUCCAAUCAUACUGGAAACAAUUCCCUAAAAAGUAAAACAUGUAUGUAUCUGUGUGUAUCUUUAAAGUAAAACUGUAGAUUAGAAAUGGAAGAAACCUUAGAAAUCACCUAGUCCAAUACCCUCAUUUUUCAGAUGCGGAAAAAGACUGAGUCUAUAUGUAUAGCUAAUGCAAUUGCAGUUUACGUAAAACAUUAAAUAUAACAAUGGUGUCACGAUGGAACCUAUUUAUAGAUGAUAUAUAUACUCUUGUGCUACACACAAUAGGUAUUAAUAGAACCUGUGAUUGGAAUCCAAGGCCUCUGACUCCAAAUCCUGUUCUUUCCACUAGAUCAGUUACCAUGAAAGAAAAUCAGUCUCAUCACUUAUCACAGUUUAUUUCUCUAUUCACUUUAUUCACAAGGAAUAUAUACUGAGAUAUGGAUGAGACCUUAGUGGUCUAGUCCAUCUCCCUCAUUGUUACAGAGGUUGUGAGUUGCAUUUCACAGAUAAGCAGCAGUCAAAAUUUGCAUCCAGGAGCUAUCUUUAAAUCCAGUGCUAUUUGCAAUAUAUCACUGUCCUGCAUACCAUUUAGCUGAUUCCAAAAAUCAAAGAACAAAAACAACAUUGAGGACAAAAGAAUAAGAUUGUAUGCUUUGAAGGAAAUCUACCCCCCCCCCCAAUUUUAAGAGAUGGCAGCAUUGUUAAAUUGCUUAGCUUCAUAAAGUAUCUGCUUUGAAGGGUUCAAGUUAUUUGUAUAACUGCUGGGGCAGGUAAAUGCUGGUAUCCUAUUAGUUCAGGUUUAAUUUAGGGAUAGAAAGAGGUACCUCUAAGUCAUGGUCUUCAUAUACUUGGUUGGUCAGAGGAGCUCCAACUCCUCAUAGCUGGGACUUUUUGUUCUCUUAGAAAGCUGCAUUAAGGAGGGCUGGGGACAAUCAGGUCCUGGGGACAGCUUUUGUUGCCUUUCAGGAAAACUAAUACUGGUUGUGAGGAUCUGAUCCUAUCACAUACCUAAUUUUUAGUAUUCUCCAUUAUGAAAUGUGGAAAUCCCAUUUUUUUUUAACUAGCUUAUAUAUAAGCUAACAUUUACGAUUUAAGCUUUCGCUGAAACAGUUAAAUAUCAACCCAACCAAAUCCCACUAGCUCAUAGCAUUGUUUAAUGCAUAAGCGUUCAUUUAGUCCAUAAAAUUGACCCAAACAAGUAUUUAUCUCACAGUUCUCAGAGUGAGCAUAGAAAAAAUGGAGGUCACCUGAGUUAGUGGAAGACCUAUCAUAUACCUGCCCUUCCUGGUUACUGCCCAAUUUCCCUCCAUUCCCCUUGUGAAGUCAUAUGUAGAAACCCUACAAAAAUGAGGAGAAAGAAAAUUCUGUCUGGCUACUGA